AGAAAUUGAUUUAAUUUAAAUAUUAAUAUUUAAUGUCAGAAUAAUGUAAUUAAUAUCCCAUUGAUUUCCACACCAAAGAUCUUGGUUUUAAAUACCAGGUUGGGAGUGGUGUUCCAGUCAGUUCUGAGGUGAUAAUUCAGCUCACAAGGUACGUGGGAAGCAGCUUUGCUGCAUUUGCAGAGGUGGGAGGUUUCUAGUGAGACAUUAAAGUGUGGUCCCUCCUGCCCAGCUCUGCCAUGGGCUGAGGAAGAUGGGGACUGACUUCUCCUGGAGGAAAGAGUGGGAAGUCUCUCCCAGUAAAUCCCAGUGAGUUUCCCAGGGUGCAGCUGCAGUGCCAAUGGCUGUUCCACAGGCAGAGUUUUCCCACUCCAAAACUGGUCUGGGGGCUGUUUGUUUUGAUAAAUGACCCCUUCACGAAGGGGAAAAGGUCCUGUGGUAGUGUUGCUUUCCAUAAACACAGAAAGCAACAACUGGGAAAGAGGAAUUCCCACUCAUUUUAGUUUGUGUUGACUCGACUUUGUUGGCAGCGCUGCUUUCCCCAGGGCCUGUUUUUUCUCCCAGCUCCUGAGGUUUUCUCAAGAGCUGAUGGCUUAUUUCCCUUCUGGCAGCUUUCCUGUCAGAGUGGGCUGGGAGCAGGGCUCAGGAGGAUCUCUCAGGACACUGAUUUAGAGGUAAAUAGCAGCAGAAAAACAGGGGGCCCUUUUCCUGGGCUCUUUCACUUUGUUCUGACCUUUACCUUUGGCUUCUUAGCCUGAGAACCAAAAGCUGUUUUCAUCUACAUCCUUUCCCAUCUCUGUUUCAGCAGCAUCAGCUGCACUUUUCUGUCUCUCUGCUCAACUUCUCCCUGCUUGUGUAGUCAAUGAAAGAGAUGGAGAUUGUGAACUUCUUGUUUUUCUUGGUGUUUCAUCACAAUUCCAUCUUCUCCCUGAUAUGGAUUUAAUCAAAAUCCCAACCCUAGCAAGUUGUUUGAAAACUAAAAAGAACCCUGGAUCACCUAGAUAAUGAAAAAUACUCUGAAAUACCCAUUCCCACUCUCAUGUGACAUGCAGCUUCCAAAUCUUGUAGUCCUUGGCACAGUUGUCUCUGAGGAAUUAUUGCACUGAACUGCCUGUUGUCAGUGGAGACUGUGCAGUGUAAUUUAAAUAGAUGUUUCCUUUUAUUCUGUUGCAUUUUUCUAUCUGUGAAUUGUUCUUAUCUGCACACACUUGUGUUUAUUUAGAAAUGAUCUGUUGAGGAGCCUGAAUUACUCUGCCUAGAAAGAGCCAAGUCCUCCUAAGCCUGGUUUAAUGAAGAAACUAGAAGAGGAGAUAAAUUUCAAUUCCUACCUGGUAACUGAAAAAAUACCCAGAGAGAUGGAAAGUAAAAAGACUUCAGUGUAUUUCUUACAAAAGGUGGUUGCAGAGCCAGCCAUGACUCAAGCUGAUCUCACUGCACUGGAAAGUGAGAUAAAUGAAGUCAAUACACAAAUUAAUCAGCUUGUUGAGAAAAGGAUGAUCAAGUAUGAGCCAGCUGAUAGUAAAUUCUCCAUGUAUCGCCAGCAGGCUUCUAUAAUUUCCCGGAAAAAAGAAGCAAAGGCAGAAGAGCUUCAGGCUGCCAAGGAGGAGAUGUCCAGCCUGGAGAGGCAGGUGGAGCAGAGGAGCAGCCAGGCCCACGAGCUGGAAGGCUCUGAAGUCCUAACUGAGGAUGAGUUCAAGCAGUAUGUGAGCAAGCUCCGGAGCAAGAACACCUUUUACAAAAAGAAGCGCCUGGAAAUCGCAGAAAUCACGGCCGAGUACGGGAUCCUGCAGAGGACUGAGGAGCUCCUGAGGCAGCGCCACGAGGCCAUUCAGCAGCAGUUGCAAGCAAUUGAGGAGAAGAAAGGAAUCUCUGGAUACAGCUACACCCAGGAGGAGCUGGAAAGAGUCUCUGCAGUGAAGAGUGAAAUGGAUGAAGUGAAAGGGCAGACAUUAGACAACAUGUCUGAAAUGGUGAAAAAACUGAAUGCCAUGGUGGCAGAGAAGAAGGCAAGCCUUGCUCCUGUCAUCAAAGAGCUGAGGCAGCUGCGCCAGAACUGCCAGGAAUUAACUCAAGAAUGUGAUGAGAAGAAAAUCCAGUAUGACAGUUGUGCGGCCGGCUUGGAGACCAAUCGCUCAGAGCUGGAGCAGGAAGUGAAAGGGCUUCUUGAGGAGUGUGCCCAGGAAGAGAGCAACUACCGUUACAUUAACUGCAUGAAAAGGAGCCUGGAGAUCCAGCUGCAGCGUGCCAAGGAGGAGAUGAAGGCCUACGUGUCCCCGGACCCGCAGGAGCGGCGCAGGGCAGUUCGAGAACAGUAUACACGAAUAAUUCUUGAACAAGAAAACCUUGGGAAGAAACUACGAGAGAAACAGAAAGUUGUACGGGAAAGUCACGGACUGAAUAUGAAGCAAAUGAAAAUGUGGCAGGACUUCGAGCAAUUAAUGGAAUGUAAGAGAGAUUGUUUUCUGAAACAACAAAAUCAAGCAGCCAUUGGCCAGAUCAUUCAGGAAGGAGGUAAAGAUAGGCUUGUGUUAUGAAUUCUUCCUCCUGAUACCCACAUGAAGUAGGAGGACUCUUGUUAAAUACUGUUGCUUUCAUCAAUUCUGCAAUUUUUAUACAUGGUUUGGUUUUUGGUGCAUAAACAGAGAGAGCAAAGAAUCCCUCUGGAAGCUUUUGCUCCAGUGUUUCAGUGACAAUGUGCCAUGGUUGGAAGCUGUUGGGAGGGCUGCACUGGGAUGAACCUGCUCAUAAAUCCAUGUUUUAUGGGGCCAGGAAUGGCACGCAUCUGUAGGGAGAUCAAAGGGAAACAAAUCCUUCUGCAGGGUCACAGAAAACUCCUGUAAUUGCUCUGCCUCUCAUUCUCUAUCGAUAAGGUUACAUUUUUGCAGGGCCUGUGACUUGAUGUUGUAUAAUUGUGGCCCUCCUGGCUUGGCCCUGUUGUCCCUAUUGUCCUUACCCAGCCAGUGUGGCAGCAGGAGCGGGGCCGCUGUCGGCCUGGCCCCAACGCUCCUGGUCAUUCUUUCCUUGCACAGUCAGGCUCAGCUGAUUGCCUGGAGAACAAUCACUUGGAUUCUGAGCUUUUUCCUUUAUCUUUUGCUGUUGCUGUUUUUUACAGAAGUUUUUUUCUUGCACAUUUACCUCCUUUAUAUUUUCUGAGUUGCCGGUGUGAAAAUGCACAGGGAGCUCAGCUGAAGCUUUCCCCAGGGAGGAGUUUUGAGCUGUUUUGUCUGCACAGUGCAAUUCCAAAGGGAUUACACACCCAAAGAGGGUCAUCCCAGGGCUGGAGGUUAUCCAUGGGUGUAGAUAUGGCCCAGAGGUUCUUGCAUCUGGCCUGGAGUGCAGCUGUCCCUGCCCUCCAAGGUGCCCCAGGGCUGAGCCAGGGGCACAGGGAUGGAGGUGAGGACUGAGUGUCCCUCACAUGUCACCAUUCCUGUUGAGCAGCUCCUGGGCCCUGUCACAGAUCAGCAGCACAGAGAGAAUUCUGUGGGACCAGAACUCCUGCUGUUCUCCUUUGGCUUACUGGAUUCCUAGAUAGGUUGGUGGGGUUUUUUAUAGUUUUUCCUGCCUGAAGUAGAAUGUCUUUUUUCACGAUAUAAAAAAAGUAAUUUUGCUUUCUUUAAUACCUAACCAUGAGAUCUUCUGCUGGUUUCUAUAUCCAGACAGUAUGGUAAUUAUAGAGUUCCUGGUUUGUCUUUGCAUUAAAUAUAUUUGUUAACAGGACUAAAAUAAAAGCUGGCAAAACUACA